AUGGAUUGUAUAAAAAAUUUCGAUAUUCAUCUCGAAAAAGAUAUUUAUUGUAGUGGUGAAUUAAUUAAUGGUACUGCUAUUAUCGAGAAUGGCAAUGAUAUUAAAGUGACAGGCAUAAUUAUUCUCUUACGAGGUAAAGCACACGCUGAGUUAAAAAUAACGAAAUCUGGUGAAAGAAGAACUUUAAAAGAUGAUCAUUACAUAUUAGAUGAAAAAAUCCUCGUUUGGGGCAAAGAAUAUUAUGACGGAUCAAGUACUACUUCAGUCCUCGCAUCUGGCUUAUACAAGUUUCCAUUCGUAUUUCAGCUUCCACAAUGUUCCUUACCAUGUUCAUUAGAAACAAAACUUGGGACGAUUCGAUAUUAUAUAAAAGUUAUUGUUGAUACACCUUUCGUUUGUUCACCGCAAGCCAUGAAAUAUUUUACAAUUAUUGGACCAAUUAUCGAUUGUAUGGAGAGCAAAUAUUUAAAACCACUUGUUGCACAGGACAGAAAAACAGUAUGUUGCUGCUGGUGCAGAAGAGGAGUUCUGGCUCUAAGGUUCAAACUUGAGCGUACAGCCUAUAUGUGUGGUGAAAAUAUACGAGCUCAAGCUUUAAUUGAAAAUUAUCAAAAUUCUACCGUAUGCAUUAAUAUGAAAUUAAUUCAACAUGUUGAAUAUUUCAUCGAUCGUGGUGCCAUUGGUGAGAACAAAUCAAUUGAUUGUACAGUAUUUGAAUACAGGUCAGCGUCAGUAUUACCUCAUUCUCAAGGAAAAUAUGAUUCUGCGCUCGAGCAACCACUUUAUAUUCCAACAGUGCCUUCAACUCUUGUUGGAGUUUGUAGGCUAAUUCAGAUAUUUUACAUAUACAAGGUUUGUUUGGAAGAUGAAAAAGGAAAUGAAUCGUUACAAAUGGAAUUUCCCUUAACCAUUGGAACUUUACCUUAUAACGAUGUAAAAUCUUCAAGGCAUUUUAUAGAUUACGAUUAUUGUAGUAGCCAUGUUGAAGGUGGACGAUAUGUUUCGCCUGAAUUUCGACUAGGACAAGUUUAUGAUGGCCGAACUCUUGAUGAAGGAAACGCUGAUGAUUUAAUAUUAUAUCGACCUGUUUAUUCGAAAAUUGCUUAUAAUCAUCAUUCAUCAUCAAAAUUCAUCGAUAAGAAUAUUGCGGUAAAUAUUUGCAAUUAA